UUUUUUUUUUCUUCGUUUUAUUUCUUUCGUCUUCUUUUAUUUAUUUAUUUUUUUUUUAUUUUUUUUAUUUUUUUAUUAUUUUCUUUUAAUUCAUUUAUAUUGAAUAUGCCAGUAUCUUCCUCUACCACUUCUACUCUUACAACAGGAACAAUAAUUCAACGAUCUUCUCGUACACGGAAUACUGUUAACAACAAUAGUCCUACUACUGAUACAACUCCUUCUACUUUUGCCUUCCAGUCCUUUUACAUUGGUCGUGAAAACAGUAAUACUAGUAUAACAACACCAACACCAACAGCAACCUCUACAGCUAAUCAUUCAAGAACAACAUCUACCACUAAUACCAUAAGUUCUCAUUCAUCUUCUCAACAAGGGAACUAUUGUCCAGGUUGUAGUGGUCAACUUGACUUCCAGACGUGCCACAAGAGUCAUUGUAACAAGUUUCUCACGAAGACUAGUGGCAAUACUUAUAACGGCAAAUCAACCUUACCUUCUCAAUCUUUACUAAAUGAAUCUUCAACUUGGCAUCGGUCCUCUAACGACAACGGAAGAAAAUGGACGAGAAACCGAAAAAUUUGUUUAUUGACCAAUCGUACGGAUGAUGAUCGAUGGGUGGAUCUCUCUGAUCAACGUUUGACUAGUGGUAGUUUGGGACAUCUUUAUAGUGGAUCUGAAUUUAUUGGUAUACAAAAAGGGGCCACAAGUAAUUACGAUGUUGCGGUUGAAAUCCAGUAUGUUGAUUUAAAAAAUGAUGUACUUGGUGGUUAUCUUCAUAUAUCUGGUCUUACGGCUCUAUAUCCUGAAAUUACUACUUUUUUUGAAGGAGAAAUUAUUGGACCCAAGCAUUCUUUUCUAACUAGAAAAUGGUUGGCUGAUCUUUCAGUGGAUACAAAGCAUUGGGGACGAUUUGCUUCUUUUGCUCCGUACUUAGAUAUAUUCAACAAAGAUGACUUCCAUUAUGACCAUUUGGACCAAGAUUUCAUUUAUAUGCGAUGGAAAGAGAAGUUUCUGGUACCCAAUCAUCACCUGAAUAGUAUUGAUGGAGCAAGUUAUGCUGGAUUCUACUAUAUUUGUUACCAGCGGUCUACAGGUAACAUCAAUGGCUUUUAUUAUUGUCGCAGUAAUAUCGAAUGGUUCCAAGAAUUAACGCUCUCUCAUGCACUACAACGGCAAUUCCCAAGUUUUGAAUUCCGUUGAAAAAGGUUUUCUGUGGCUGUCGGCAUGAAAAAACAACAACAAUCAUCAUCACUUCUGUGUAUCCUCCCAAACGAAAAGAAUAGAAUAGUUUAUUUUUUUGUUAAUCCAAUCUUCAUCAUAUUUGGUUCUAUCUAUCUUAUUAUAUCAA